AUGACGAAGCCGACGGUCCUCGGGUUCGUCCUCGCCGCGCUGGUCGCCGCCGCCGCCUCUGUCCUCGUCGCUCUCUACUGGUCGGAGGAUCUUGAGCCGGCCCCGCUCCCUGGGGACUACAGCGAUCAGACCAUCUCCGUGCCGGAGAUUCACAGCGGCAUCCUCAAGGCGUCGGAGAAGGUCGGAGAAGGGCUCUUGCCGGGUCCGGAGGACCUGGCCUACGACGCCGCCUCCGGAUUCCUCUACACGAGUUGCGUCGACGGGUGGGUCAGGCGGAUUAAGCUGCGGAAGGAAGGGGAGACGGCGAAGGAGGUUGUAGAGGAUUGGGCGUAUGUCGGAGGGCGGCCGCUGGGAAUUGCCUUCGGCCCCGACAGGCAGCUUCUCGUCGCCUCGGCUUACAAGGUACACGACUCGAUUCCUUCAUUUCCGAAGCAGUGAUGGCGCGUAUUUCGAAGGAUUCUUAGAAAUUCAUACUCGAAGAUUGUAAGAUGCUUUAUCUGCAUGGAUUUACUCUGGAUUUAACCCUCUAAUGUGAACAUCUCAUCUGGAUUUAACCCUCUAACGAGAUCAUGUCAUCUUACUAGAAUCUCCGUCUACCUAUGCUUUUGACUUUAAUCUAAUGUGAAUAUCUAUUGUUUUGACUUUAAUAGUAAUAAACUAUUCAUAAUAAUAGUUAAUAAUUAAAAUUUCAUAGGUAUUCGUAUGAUGGGAAAGUUUUAUAUUUCAGUCAUUUCUGCCAUAUCGGAGUAGUAAAUGCCAUUGAAUAAUAGUUUUUUAACUCUAACGUCGGCGGUCAUGUCGGCGCCGGUUUUUCAACGUCACCAGGCCCGUCCAAGAAAUUAGGAAAUCUCUACUUUCCCUCAUGGGCAAACCAUUGAUGGCAUAAUUUGUUAAUGGGUUUUCUCUAACUUAUAAUGUCGUCAUCAUAUCAUACGCUUUUAUGUUACAAUAUUGUACGAAGAUGAUGUUUUCUAGUAUUAUAUUUUAUAUAGGUUAACCUUGCUAUGAUUGGCGAUUACAGGGGCUGGUGAGCGUCGGCGAGGACAGGGCGGUCCGCCUACUGGCGGAGGAGGCCGAUGGUUUGAGAUUUGGUGUGGCGGACGGCGUAGACGUCGCCUCAGAUGGGACAGUCUACUUCACCGAUGCAUCCUACAAGUAUAACCUCGCGACCCACAUGCUGGAUAUCAUUGAGGGCCGGCCACACGGGCGGCUGAUGAGCUUCGACCCCGCCACCGCCCGCACGGAGGUGCUCCUCAGCGGGCUCUACUUCGCCAACGGCGUCGCCAUGUCGCCAGAUCAAAGCUCGGUGAUCUUCUGCGAGACUCCCUUGUAAGUUUUAUCGCGGUGGGAGAGCCGUUUUUGACAUAAACUGCCUACGAAACCGUAGAGUUCAUCCGUUCGGUUGUUUCCUCGUCCCCACAGUCCAUCUAUCGUACUCAUCCUCGAACUUCUCCCUGGCAGGAGGAGGUGCAGAAGGUACCACGUCCGCGGAGAGAAGAAGGGAGCGGUGGAUCACUUCGUCGACAGCUUGCCCGGGUUUCCAGACAACAUCCGAUACGACGACGAGGGGCGUUUCUGGAUCGGUCUCGCUGCGGUAACGAGGCCCUUCCUCUGUUCCUCACAGCUCUCCUCCGGCGAACUCGUCGACUCCGGCCAUAGCCAGCUCUGAUCUGAUCGUCGACUGACUGUCUACUCUCAGGGGAAUGGCAAGGGCUGGGACCUCAUGUUUCGGUAUCCGAUGCUGAGAAAGAUGGCCGUAGUCUCAUUGGAGUUCGCGGAUCUUCCCCACCAUAUGCUGAAGGGUGCCGGGGUUCUGUCCGUGAGCUCGGAGGGAGAGCCGCUGGCGCUGUACACAGACCGGGAGCUGUCGCUCUUAACCGGCGGCCUCAGGGUAGGAAGACAUCUGUACUACGGCUCCCUAGUGAAGAGCUACAUCAGCCGGAUUCCCCUGGACGAGCUCGCGGCAGGCAAACAAUGA